AUGGGGGGCUGCGUUGUGUCGGUGUUGGACGCAAGGAAUCGCCUCUCCAUCGUCACGUACAAGGAAGUGAUGGAGUACCGUCAGCUCGGCACGUUGAACGUCCCCAUCCCAGGCACUGAGAGAUCCAACGCGUCAGCCAUCUACCGCAUUACUGGGUACGACGAUGCGCAGCACAAGCAACUUUCAGAAGAGGCGUACAACGGCCCAAACCUCAUGCGACAGCUUGAGGAGUUAUGCCUCCGUGACCCCAAACGACGUGUGCUUGCAUAUCGUCCUGUUGAUCGCGUAGAGAAGGAGACGACGACGGACGCCAUUACAGGCAAAGAGAAGGUCAUUGAUGUCACCUACCUGAAGAAGACCCAGUACAUUAACUUUGAUACGCUUUGGGGAUAUAUUACGGCGUUUGGGCGUGGCCUGGUGGAGCUCGGGAUUCAGCCGAACGCCAACAUUGCCAUUUAUGAGGAGACACGUUGGGAGUGGCUGGCGACGAUUUACGGUAUUUGGUCCCAGAGCAUGGUGGCCUGCACGGUGUACGCCACGCUGGGUGAGGACGCCUUGGCGUACGCAAUUCGGGAGACGGUGUGCAGUGCGAUUGUAUGUAACUCAAAGAACGCUGUCUUCCUUGUUAAAUUGAUGAGUGAAGGCACAAUCCCUAUGGCUUCAAUUAUUUACAACGACACCCUUUCUGCAUCGUUUGAUGCAAAGGGCUGCCGUGUUAUCUCUUGGAUCGAGGUGGUGGAGAUGGGCCGCCGCGCCGCGGCGGGUAUUCCCCUACGAAUACCAACGGACAACGAUAAACUGGCGUUGAUUAUGUACACAAGCGGCACCACAGGGGAUCCAAAGGGGGUGAUUCACACACACGGCUCGCUUGGAGCGGGCGUGCGAGGGUUGACAUACCGCGUGAUGGAUAACGUUGGCCCUUACGAGGAGGGAGAGGCGUACUGCGUCUAUCUUCCACUUGCCCACAUCAUGGAGUUCAGUGUCAUGAACAUUUUUCUUGCACGCGGGGCCUUGAUCUGCUUUGGUACCCCGAGGACAUUAACGGUAACCACUGCCCGUCCCACCGGCGACUUUGAGGAAUUUAAUCCUGUGUUUCUUCUUGGCGUACCACGCAUCUUUGAAACACUUAAGAAAACUAUUCAGGCAAAACUACCCCCCAAGGGCACGGUGAGGCGCAGCGUCUUUGAUCACGCUUAUCAAACGCGUUUAAAGGCUCUAAAGGAAGGGAAGGACACACCUUACUGGAAUCAGAAGGUUUUUGACAAACCACGAGGUUUUUUGGGUCGCAAGCUGCGUAUGAUACUUUCUGGUGGUGCCCCACUCAGUGAGGCCACACAGGAGUUUGUCAAUGUCGUCUUUGGGUUGAUGGUUCAGGGCUGGGGCCUCACAGAGACGGUGUGUGUUGGCGGAAUUCAGCGCCGUGGCGACAUUGAACCGGAGUUGGUGGGACAGAUGGAGCCUACAGCGGAAUUGAAGCUUCUCGACGUGGAUGAGUACAAGCACACAGACACGCCGGAACCACGAGGGGAGCUUCUGCUGCGUGGCCCGUUUCUCUUCAAGGGGUACUACAAGCAGGAGCAGCUUACGCGGGAGGCCAUCGACGAGGAUGGGUGGUUUCACACAGGUGACGUGGGCAGCAUCACAGCGAAUGGUUCUCUCCGCAUUAUCGGCCGUGUGAAGGCGCUGGCGAAGAAUGUGCUGGGCGAGUACAUUGCGAUGGAGGCGUUGGAGUCGAUGUACACACAGAACGUACUUUGCAUGCCAAACGGUGUGUGCGUGCUUGUCCAUCCUGCUCGCUCGUACAUUUGUGCGUUGGUACUGACUGAUGAGGCAAAGGUGGUGAGCUUUGCGAGGGAGCAGGGUAUUGAAUGCAGUUAUCCUGAUAUUUUGUGUGACCCGGAGUUCCAGCGCAAGGCCACGGAGUCCAUGCAGGCAACGGCGCGGAAGGCGAAUCGUAAGCCCAUGGAGUGCGUGCGUCAUGUUCGUUUUAUUGACGAUGAAUGGACGCCUGAGAAUGGGAUUCUCACCGCGGCGAGUAAGCUAAAGCGCCGCGAAAUUGACAAGCGAUACGCCGAUAUUAUUAAAGAGCUUUUUAUGGACCCGUAG